UUUAACUCCGGAAGAUGGCGUGUCCCACUUUCACUUUGAAAAUUUUCAUUUAUUUAUUUAUUUUAUUUUCAAUUUGCAACAUCUUAAACUGUAAAAAGUCUAAGGAGAAGGAACCAGUUAAAGGAAAGAAGAAAGACAUUCGGGAUUUCAAUGAUGCCGACAUAGAAAAACUUUACGACGAGUGGGAAGAGGGAGACGAGGACCAGUUGGAGCCAGAUGAGUUGCCGGAGUGGAAGAGAGACCCUCCCCAGGUGGACAUGUCACAGCUCAACAUGCAGGACCCUGAGGGCAUGCUCAAGGCUACCAAGAAGGGGAGAACACUCAUGAUGUUUGCUACAGUGUCAGGCAAUCCGUCCCAGCCUGAGACAGAGAAGAUAACCCAGAUCUGGCAGGGCAGCCUGUUCAACGCCAACAUGGAAACACAGAGGUAUGUUGUCGGUGACAACCGUGUGAUAUUCAUGCUCAAGGAUGGGGCCACAGCCUGGGAGAUCAAGGACUUCCUGGUUCAGCAGGACCGCUGUGAGGAGGUCACCAUAGAGGGCAAGAGCUACCCGGGCAAGGGCGCCUCAGGUAAAGGUGACAAUAAAAAGGAGAAGACGAAAUCAAAAAAUGCCAAAGAGACUGACAAUAAACCAAAAGAUAAAAAAGACAAAACAAGUCAGAAAUCCAAAAAGGAAGAAGAAAUUACAGACAACAAUACAAGCAGGAAGAAGAAUACCGAGUUAUGAUGAUCAUUUUAAAUGUUAUGAUGAGUAAUUAAAUGAUGUGAUGAGGUUUAUAUACUGAUAAGUUGGACAUAUAUUUGUGUUAACAAAUAAAAGAUAAAAAUACAG